UGGAGCAGAUACAGAGCAGGUCCUGGUGGGGCAGUCACUGCUGUUGUGUUGUGUGUGGAGAUCUCUCAGAGCUGCAGCCCCUGAUCAUGUGACUCCUCCUCCAUGUUACUGAUCACAUGACGGUGACAUCAUCGCAGGUCCUGUAAGCACACGGCUCCUCUACAGAUACAGGUUUCUCCAAUCCAGGAUCCUCUGCUGAUAUCUUCUAUAUAAGAGAAUUCUCCUGGAUGACCCAUCAACCAUGGAGAGACACAGGAACAAGAUGGCCGACAGGAUCAUAAACCUCACCCUACAGAUACUCUUCCGGCUUACUGGAGAGGAUUACACAGUAGUGAAGAAGUCCUCUAGUGGAAGAACCCUGAGCCCAAUCCCGGGGCCCCCACCUCACUCCCUGAUACAUGAGGAAAUGGAUGAACAGAAGAUCCUAGAACUCAUCAACAAGAUGAUGGAGCUGCUGACUGGAGAGGUUCCUAUAAGGUGUCAGGACGUGGCGGUCUAUUUCUCCAUGGAGGAGUGGGAGUAUGUAGAAGGACACAAGGAUCAGUACAAGGAUCAGGUCAUGAUGGAGGAUCAGCAGCUCCUCACAUCACCAGUGAGAUCCAGUAAGAGAACAGCACUAGAGAGGUGUCCCCGUUCUCUUCUUCCACAGGAUGAUCAGGGUGAAGAUCCGAACAAUAUUAAUGCUCCAGAGACAGAUGUGAGCGAUGAUGAGCAGUAUAAGGAGGAUAUUCCUACAGGGAAAGAUCUGAUCUAUAUUAAUGCUACAAACAUAAACGAAGAAGAAGAGACAGAUGUGAGCAGUGAUGAGCAGUAUAAGGAGGACAUUCCUACAGAGAAAGAUCUGAUCUAUAGUAAUACCACAGACUUAAGGGAAGAAGAAGAGACAGAUGUGAGCAGUGAUGAUCAGUAUGAGAAGGACAUUCCUACAGAGAAAGAUCUGAUCUAUAGUAAUAAGACAGACUUAAGGGAAGGAGAAGAAAAGACAGAUGUGAGCAGUGAUGAGCAGUAUCAGAAGGACAUUCCUACAGAGAAAGAUCUGAUCUAUAGUAAUACCACAGACUUAAGGGAAGAAGAAGAAGAGACAAAUAUGAGCAGUGAUGAGCAGUAUAAGGAAGACAUUCCUACAGGUAACCACCCAGAUUCUUGUAGCAGGAGAUCAGAGGAGAAUCUUAUAUCUUCAGAUUAUAAAGCAGAUGAUGAUAUCACACAAGAUACAUAUGAAGAACAUUCCAUUAUCCCAGAUACACCCUCAGCCCUUCACAGCCAAGAUCUGUCAUCUCAUCCUUAUAUACAGGUCCUGUCUUCUCAGUCAUCACAGGAUGUUCAGCAAAAUAAAAGUCACAGAAGGGGUGUUGGACAUCAACCAGCUCAUACAGGAAAGAAACCAUAUUCAUGCUCAGAAUGUGGAAAAUGUUUUACUCAGAAAUCAAGUCUUGUAGUACAUCAGAGAACUCACACAGGAGAGAAGCCAUUUUCAUGUUCAGAAUGUGGAAAGUGUUUUACUGAGAAAUCAAGUCUUGUUAAACAUAAACGAGCUCAUACAGGGGAGAAACCAUAUUUAUGUGCAGAAUGUGGGAAAUGUUUUACUGAGAAAUCAAAGCUUGUUCGACAUCAAAGAACUCACACAGGAGUAAAGCCAUUUUCAUGCUCAGAAUGUAGAAAAUGUUUUACUCAGCAUUCACAUCUUGUUACACAUCAAAGAACUCACAGAGAUGAGAAGCCAUUUUCAUGUUCAGAAUGUGGAAAAUGUUAUAAUAAGAAAUCAGGUCUUGUUCAGCAUCAAAGAACUCACACAGGGGAGAUGCCAUUUUCAUGCUCAGAAUGUAGAAAAUGUUUUACUGGCAAAUCAAAUCUUUUUACACAUCAAAGAACUCACACAGGGGAGAAACCAUAUUCAUGUUCAAAAUGUGGGAAAUGUUUUACUGAGAAAUGCCGUCUUGUUAAACAUAAACGAAUUCACACAGGGGAGAAACCACAUUCAUGUUCAGAAUGUGGGAAAUGUUUUACUGAGAGAUCCAGUCUUGUUAAACAUAAACGAACUCACACAGGGGAGAAACCAUAUUCAUGUUCAGAAUGUGGGAAAUAUUUUUCUGACAAAACAAAUCUUGUUCAACAUCAAAGAACUCACACAGGGGAGAAGCCAUUUUCAUGCUCAGAGUGUGGGAAAUGUUUUACUCAGCAAUCACAUCUUGUUACACAUCAAAGAACUCACACAGGAGAGAAGCCAUUUUGCUGUGCUGAGUGUGGAAAAUGUUUUACUGUGAAAUCAAGUCUUGUUAGACAUCAAAGAACUCACACAAGGGAGAAGCCAAUUCAGAGCAAUUAAUGAUGCAGAUAACACAUCUAUAUAUUAACCAUGUACAUAGGAUAUCUGACAUUUAUAUAUAUAUCAUAUACUGCAUCUCCAAACUUGUUACCAAAUGUUAA